GCACGCAUCUUCUGUCUGCGCAAACUAUAACUGAACCCAGGCAUGAAAAUGCAGAAGGAAUUUUCUUAGUGGUUCAUCAUGGAGUUUUUCAAGUUUUCAAUUUUUCGAGUAUUUUAAAAUAGUGUAAAUUGGACAAAUUUAAGGGUAAAGUUGUUCUCAAAGUGCCAAGUAAAAUUUCCUCUUGAACGAAGAAAAAUUCAAAUAAGAAUCUGCAUAAUCUAAUAUAAAUUUCAACAUUCGAAAAUUCUAUUUAUCGGGUACGUGACCUCGCCAAAAUUAUAAUUAUUGAAACUAUAAACAACUUUCAAAGUAAGAGAAUAUUCCCAAAUAUCGUGCGUACUAUUAACAGUGUCUGUUGAACUUGUCAAAUCGAAGAAGUGAGAAUUUUGUGAAGAAGACGAAUCAUAAAGAAAACUUUCAUUUGUUGGGGUUAUUUUUCUAUUUACUUCUCUCUGCAGAUUAGUUAUACAUAAGUUUAUUUAAAAAGUUGUGGUAAUUUGACUGACUUCAACACAUAACGUAUCUCGAGUAACCACAUGUGAAUUCGAAAUAAAGAAUUAAAAAGUUAUUAAACGAAACUGCAUUGAGUUCGCAUAGCAGGAGGAAUAAGUGCGAGGAUGCCGAUGGAUGUAUGUCUAAUUAGUAAUUGCCUGCAUUUUACUCUAUAAUAAUACGAACACUUAACUAUUUGUAUCUACUUAUAUGUAAGUAGAAUUACUUAUAAAAGCUUCUCGAGGAACAACCAACUCGUCAAGAAUCAAAAGUGAUGUCCAUCAUUAUAAACUUUUUCGAGUAAUUAGCGAAAACUUUUUUUAAUUAUGAUGAUGGCGUAUUCAUCUCCGAGAUGAUUGGAUUCUGUCCACGGGAAUAAUAAUGUAAAGAAAUGCAAGCAAUUAUUGAACUGACCUCUGAGGAGUAGUUGAACUCUUAUUAAUUUGGAGUUGCGGAUUCCGAAAAUGUACCACCCUCAUCACCACCACAAAAUAAAGAAGAAAAGGGGUCGCAGAAUUUUACAGAAGAAAGAAGAACUCUCCGAAGUGCAAGGGGAUACUUGUAAAAACUUUAUGGGAUCAUUGUCAGAUGGAGAAAAUUUAUCGCACCGUGAUCAAGAAGACCUAGUGAAAAACUGUAUUAAUCAAGAAGAAAAUAGUUGCAGUGAAUCUGAUAUUAGUGAAAAAAGAUCUCCAGCAAAGUGGGAGUAUUUUUUCCAAAACUCGAUAAAUUAUGCCUUCACCGAGAUGACGCGAAAAUGUGGCUGCACCUUUGCCAAUUUUAGGAGGUGCACUGGACAAAAAACGUUGUUAAACAUGUCGACGCAAAAAAAAUUGCCAAAUAAGAAAACCAUCGCAUCUUGUCUAAAUAAUGUAAUUUUGUUAGGCAUAUUUUUAACUGUUUUCUUCUCAUCGUCGCCACUCCUUGUACAAGGACAACCACCACCUCCACUCCCUCCCGCAGGGUUCAUAGACUACGAUCAUUUGCCUAUGACGAGUUUUUCCUGUGAGGGGAAAGUUAUUGGGGGCUAUUAUGCUGAUGUUCAAACGGGGUGUCAGAUGUUCCACGUGUGUACAACACCAAGACCAAAUGAAGUCCAGGACAUAAAAUUCCUUUGUCUCAAUGGGACCGUCUUCGACCAAGAAACUCGAGUCUGUGAACGCGUAGACGAAGUCGACUGUUCUAAAGCGGAGCAAUUUUACGAUUUAAAUCUCGACCUUUACGUCCCUCACGUGGCCACACCGAAACCUCCCGUAGAACCCGACCUUGUCGAAGAAGAUGAUUUUAUUCACCCCGUUUCCACCCACAAACCUCCCCCUUCAACAACGACCACUGUCCGAACGACCCCUCCCUCGACAAGCACGGCGGCACCAAGAACGACCACGACUCCACCUCGAAUAUCUGCCCCUCUACCUUCCCCAUCUUCCACGAAAUCAUCGCCAUCCUCCUCAAAUCCAAACACCAAGGGCUUCUCGUCUUUCAAUUACUAUCUGAAAACGCCACACUCGCACGUAGCUUCCGGAUACAACUCGCAAUCUCAGCAGUCCUACAUUUUCAACCACAAUCCAGCCAGCGGGGAGAAAGAUGAAGGAAGUUACACGGUGAGCGAGAGUGAAAGCGAGCAACAAGGAAGUGAAAGUACGGGGAGGAAAAUCCCAUCCGGUCCAAAAACCAUCGUUUACGCGGUCUCAUCCUCCUCCACAGCGAGACCAAGGUCUCCCCCAUCUCCGACGACAACCACGAUCAGAAGCACCACCCAGCAUCUUAGGGCCCCACCCAAACCGGAACAAGAGUAUGAGGAACAAUAUGCGGACGAAUAUUAUGACGACGAGGACUACGAUAUUUCCUCCAGCACGACAGGGUCACAGGCUCAAGAACUCAAAAGUUAUGCUCUACCACCACAACAGCAGCAACAACAACGCAUCAGUCCUGUCAAUAAUAAGAACUUGUACCAACCUCAAGGGUCGUCUUACUCUCGGGGAAAGAUUACACAUUCAAACUCUUACGACUAUCGUGAUGGACGAAGUACGUCAAGUUCUAAAUCUGAUCGAGGCGGACGAGGAGGAUCUAAUUCCAAUUCCAAUAACAAUAAAGGUAGCGAAACUAAAUCCCACGUCUCUGUCGCCAUUUCCAGCAGCAGCAAAUCCACGCGAUCCCCACCGGCUGUAGUUACGAGUAGUUCUAAAAUAACGAGCAGACCGACCCCACCAAGAACCAGAGCUACUACAACUACUAGAGCUACGACAACGACGACGACAACGACACGAAAACCACUCCAAAGAACCACACCAGAAACAUACUACUAUGACGAUGACUAUCCCGAUGACACGGAACUCCAACAGGAACAAGAGCAACAAGAACAACCAAUGAUCAUUGUGAGGAUGCCGACAUCUUCGACAUCGACGCUGCGUAGCGUAUCUCCAUCCUCAUCGCAACAAUCUAAACAUAAUGCACUCCAGAAAGCAGGACCGACAGCGCCCACUGGGGGUGGCACAGGUCCAAGUGGAUUAUCCGAUAACAUCCCCGAAUAUUAUGACGAAGGGGAUGGGACAGAACCUGUGAAUGUUAAUGAUCACCAUUUCAGUCAUGUUGAUGUGCCUCGCAUUCCAUUUGCUAAACCAAAUGUCCCUAGAAUUACGGUCACUAACGGAAAGCCAUUCUUACCUCGAUUAACACGCCACAUCCCACACCAUCAUUUCUCAAAAGAGUUGUUACAACGAAGAAAAGGUUAUCAUUUCGUACCAAAAGAAUAUUCUAGACCUGUCGUAUGGGACUCAUUCUUGGAGGAGGAUGCACUCCGAAGAAAGCGAAGGAGCGUUACAAAACGACACCAUCAUAAACAAAAGAACAAAAUAUUUCAUGCAAAAUAAUGUUUAGAGUUCAUAAAUAGAAGAGUUUUUUUGUGACAUCGACCCAUAAUUAGCAUAUUAUUAUUAUUGGUGGAUAUUAAUUUUAUAGGUUCAUCAAUAGAUUAUAGUCUGCUGUAAUUUAAUAAUCAUCCCUGCAUUCUUUUAUCAAUUGCCCAAAAAAUCGCCUUAUUUUAUGUGAUGGACUGCGACCUUUAUGAAAUGUGCCACACCAUGUAUUUUUUUGUACUUAUUAACUAACUACAUAAUUGUUAAAAUUAUUGAACUUCUUCAUCUUCACUGUAAUAUCUUUUUUCAUGGUUUUUAUAUAUUUUUUGUAAAUUGAAAACUCUUAUGUAAAUAGUCUUUCAGUAUCACUUCAUAUGUCAACAAGUUACCUGAGGAGGAGGAGGGCCAACAGAGAAAUUAUUAUUGACAGGCCAAAAAAUAAACUAUUUCAUUUAAAAAAUAAUAAUUAUCAACUUUAACAACUGACUUACAGAACUGAAUAGUUUUUUUAAAGUAAAAAAAUAAUAUUAUAUGUCGACGGCUUCUUUAUUACAAAAUUGUGUAUGUACAUCUUUAUGGGUGAAUUAGUAUAGGAAAAAAUAAACAAUGCAAAUUCCAUAAAUUGAA